AUGUUCAAUGAGACUGUCAGUGCUGAAGACAUCUGUAUGUGGCUGGGUAGAUACUGCACUGUGAGAGGCCAGGCUAUGAAGGUGCGGGAUGUGGACGGCAUCUGGAACUGUGCUUGGCGGGUCCCCAUUAAACAAUGGGAAGACCCCCAAGGCUUCCAGGGCCUGAAGCAUCUCCCCUCAAUGAUGGUCCUGGGGGACAACAGAGGCUACAUUCACUAUCAAGGCAAACUGUGCCGGAAGUGCGGCGAGCAUGGUCAUCUGGCCGAAACUUGUGAAAAAGUAUUCUGCGGUCUCGUUCCUAGACUUGGCUCACCAAUCAACCCCGGAGGACCCAAACAAGGUGCGACGACCGGGAGAGGUCUGUGGAAACUCAACCGCUCCCUGCUGGAGGACCAGGUUCUGGUCGGCCAGUACCGGGAGCGGUACCACGAGUGGCAGACCCUCCAAGACCUGUACGAAACACGAGCACAGUGGUGGGAGAUGGUGAAAGGUAGGACCCAGACUUUCUUUAGACAAGCAGGGAAAAAGAAAAAGGAGAAAGAACAGAGAUGCAUGAUGGGGCUGCAAAAAAGAUUACAAAGAUAUUACUUUUUAAACCAAAAGGGAAUGGAUUUUAAUUAA